AUGACCCCCGAAGUUCAAUACUCGCCAUGCUCCGAUUCAACCGAUUCAUUGGAGAAAGAUAAUAAUCCAGAAGAGUGCGGAUUCCUGUUCCCAUCGAAUAGAGGCCCCAAGUGGGGGACUCGAUCCAACCUCUGGCGCCAGGCGCUAUCUGUUACGAUAUUCGUCCUGCUGGCAGUGUUGGUGAUUCUCAAUGGUAUUCUACUAUUCUGGAUAAAAUCGUCAUCUCUCAGUGAUCCAAAUGGGCCAAGCCAGUCGAACUAUUUUCUCUACUCCCCAUCCGGCGAGAAAAAGCAUCCGGAGAUAGUGGAAAGAAUAUACCAUGAUUACCAUGAUGAUUUUUUGAGUUUCAAUACAACGGUAUCUCAGCAACACUGGCGAAGUCUUUUCCCUGUGGGAGAAGGCAUGGUCGGCUUGACCGACCAACAAGUCAUCGAUAUGGAUGUACAUCAUUCCGUUCGUGGAGUGUCAGAUCCGGAUAGACACAUUUAUAUGGUGGCUGCGUUUCACCAAUUGCAUUGCCUGAGUCAAGCGCGAUCGAUCAUCAUGCAUCUUUUCCAGGACCCAAAAUACACGCUCCGUGAAGCCACAUAUCAUCACACCAUGCACUGCGUGGACAUUGUACGACAGGCGCUAAUGUGUGCUGCGGACUCCACACUCAUCUGGAAGGAAUAUGACGUCAAAUGGCCCGGCGAGGGAGGGACAAGGGUGUGUCGAAACUUCGAUGCCUUGACGGAAUGGGUGAUUGACCAUAAAUAUGUGUCUCAAUCGUUUGACCCCGCUCUCUUGCCGCACACAGAAUACUAA